UUGGACUCAAACUUGUAAAGACGAGCAUGUCAAAAUUCACAACGUAACACUGCAAAGCUAAAAGGAGAGGCAAAAUGUCGUUUAUAUGUUCUGGGAAGACCUCAUGGCCGGAGCUUGUGGGAACAAAGGGAGACUAUGCGGCUUCUGUGAUCGAACGUGAGAACCCCGGAGUCACAGCAGCCGUGAUUGUAGUUCGAUCUCCGGUGCCUUUUGAGUAUAACAUCAGGUGCAACCGGGUUUUGGUCUGGGUUGAUAAAAAAGUUGAUGGUACCGUCGUCGUAGUCCCUAUCGUCGGUUAGACUUGUAUACGGACCACGCUGUGUUACUAUGUCAAUUUAAUAUGAAU